UUUCUGUCUCUCUCUCUCUCUCUCUCUCGCUCUCGCGCUCUCGUCUGAACAUGGCGGUCAGUCCGGCUCUUCCUGCUCACAACCUCAGCGUCUUCCAGGCGAAAAUUCCGAGCUACAGAAGCCGAAUAUCCCCAUUGAACCCGGUCACGAAGCCCAGGUGCGCGCUUCUGGCGAACGCCGAGGAUGUCGCGAGGACGAGGAGGAUAUCGGUGGGCACCGAGUCGACCAGAUUGCACCUCGCGAACCUCGAUAGGCUCCUGCAGAAGCCGAGCACCCUCGAUCCGCAACCGCCGCCUCUUCAGUGGGAUAUUGGGGAUGUCUCGCCUCCUCCGUCGAAGGAGGAGGAGGAGGGAGCCGGGAUGGGCCUGCUGGAGGGCCUCAACUUGGGCAGGAUCUGGCCCGGGGCGAAGGCGGCCGAGGAGGUGUCGCCGCGGCACCUCCACCGCCUCCAGCGGCUCCUCUCUAUGACGCCCGAGUAUUCCCCUCGGAAUAGCCUCGCCGCCCGGUGGCGGGAAUACCACGGCUGCAAUGACUGGGAGGGGAUGCUCGACCCGCUCGACGAGAACCUCCGGAGGGAGGUGGUGCGGUACGGGGAGUUCGUGCAGGCGGCCUACCAGGCCUUCCACACGGACCCCGCCACGUCGGCCCAGGUUGCCCCGCCGCCGCGCCAUGUGGCGCUCCCGGACCGGUCCUAUAAGGUGACCAAGAGCCUGUACGCCACGUCAUCGAUCGCCCUGCCCAAGUGGGUGGACGACGUGGCGCCGGACCUGGACUGGAUGACGCAGCGGUCGAGCUGGAUCGGGUACGUCGCGGUGUGUGAGGACCGGAGGGAGAUCCAGCGGAUGGGGAGGAGGGACAUCGUGAUCGCCCUGCGCGGGACCGCCACCUGCCUCGAGUGGGCCGAGAACAUGAGGGCGAAUCUCGUCGACAUGCCUCACGUCGGCGGCCCGUUGCCGGGAGCGCAAGGGCAAUCCAAGGUGGAAUGCGGGUUCCAGAGCCUGUACCGGACGGGCGGGGCUCACGUCCCGAGCCUGGCCGAGUCGGUGGUCGAGGAGGUGAAGAGGCUCCAGAAACUAUACGAGGGCGAGACCCUCAGCAUCACCGUCACGGGGCACAGCCUCGGCGCGGCCCUGGCGCUCCUGGUGGCCGACGAGCUUAGCACGUGCACCGCGGAAUCAUCGUCGUCCUCCUCCUCGCCCCCGCACGUGGCAGUGUUCUCCUUCGGUGGGCCUAGGGUAGGUAACAAAGCGUUUGCAAACAGAAUGAACGCCAAAAACGUGAAGGUCCUGAGAAUAGUGAACAACCAGGACAUAAUCACGAGGGUCCCUGGCACGUUUCUGAGCGAGGACCUGGAGCAGAAAUUGAGGGACACCAAGCUGCAGGGCGUGCUCGACGACAACAUGCCGUGGGACUACUCCCACGUCGGCACCGAGCUGAGGGUGGACACAAGGAUGUCGCCGUUCCUGAAGCCCGACGCGGAUGUGGCGUGCUGCCACGACCUGGAGGCUUACUUGCACUUGGUCGAUGGGUUCUCGUCAUCGAGCUGCCCGUUCCGGGCCAACGCCAAGAGAAGCCUGGGGAGAUUGCUCAAGGAGCAGGCGUCCAAUGUGAAGAGAUUGUACACGAGCAAGGCCAAGGCCUUAACCUUGAAAAUUGAGAGCAGAAGAGAUCAUCAGGGCAUGCCCUUGUCAAAUUGCUUGCCAAGUCCAUCUUAACCCACCAAAAUGUAAAGAGAAAAUAGACCCAAAAGAAAAAAUCAAUCUUGAUUUAGGUACAUAUCUUUGUACACACACAAAAUCUGGAAAAGGGUAAAUUAUAAAGAAGCCCAUCAGAUUUCGAUCUUUAGCUGUUUUGUUCUCACUUCUUCCUCAAAAAUGAAUGGAAGGCUGCUCCCUCUUGAUAGUC